CUUUGGUUGCUACUGCAGAGAGAUGGAUUAACCAUUUCUUGGAACUGCCCACCAUCAUCACCAGCACUCGCCUGUCACUCUGCCUUUGAUUUCACACUUAGUUCGAGAAGAAAACAGGCUGGAGAGGAGUUUCUGUCAACCUCACGUACACUGAGUCAAUGCCCUACCACCAAGAGCAGAUGUCUACAAGAGAGGACUGACUGCUUAAUAUCUCAGAGUAGAGUGAUGGACGGAGCAGCUGCUGUUACUGAUGCCCCUCUGGACACUGCUAACCCUCUGCUCAGAGCGGUGUUUCUGCGCCGUUUGCGUCUCACUCGGCUGCUUUUGGAUGGAGGGGCAUAUGUGAACGAGAGCGACAGCAGGGGCCACACCCCCCUCAUGGUGGCCUGCAGAACGCCGCACUCUGAUGGCCAGAGUGCUAGCAGGGUCAAACUGGUGCAGUUCUUGCUGGAGAGAGGAGCAGACCCAAACAUCCAGGACAAGACGGGCUGCUCUGCUCUGAUGCAUGCCUGCAGGGAGCUGGCUGGGGCUGAAGUUGUGUCCCUGCUGCUGUCCAGUGGAGCAGACAUCAGCCUAGAGGACCAAACAGGGACCUCUGCAUUGGUUUAUGCCGUCACUGCUGGAGACUGGAAAGUGGUCAGGCUAUUGCUGGACACCUGCAAGGCCAGUGGAAAAGAGGUCAUUAUUAUAACAGCAGAUAAAUUGCCAUGCGGUACAUUACAAGCAAAACAGUACCUCAGCAUGCCACCAAUCAGCCCUACAGACAAAACGUCAUUGACUGCUCCUCCUACAUCUCCCUCUGAAGUCCAGCUGAUAACCUCUCCUCAGAUUAGCCCCACGACCUCUGCACUGACACCGCCCGUUUUCUCCUUCAAAGAGACCACAGACAGUGGAAUCAGUCGGGUCAGCUCACACCCCUGCUCUCCAUCACGACUUCGAGCUGUGGGUCAAACUGCCAUCAAUGGACUUCAACAGCCACUGCUCAGGCUGAACUCAGAGCCAUGGUUGAAAAUCCCUGCUUCUAUUCUAAACCAACAGCUGCAUGCUAACAUUGAACAAGCUCCAGACUACAAUAAAAUACAAAGAAAACAUGUUACUAGUGAGGACAAAAAUUCAGCUACAGAAAGUUUGAAGAUGUUUGAAGACAGCCUAUCAAGGGAGAGAAAAGCAGGUGUUAAACAUUUAGGUCACAAGAUUUCCCUUCCUGGUCUUCUCUCUCCUCACUCAGCCUCUCACCCUAACUUGCAUUCUGAAAACUUAGGAGAUUCAACAAUGACCACGUCUGCUUCCUUUCCCAACAGAAGAACACUAGGCACUUCAUUUAACAAUACGUCCUCUUCAAGUUUAUAUACCAUUAUUCAAAAGCGUAAAUUAGGGUCAGACAUCUACAACUCUGACCCACAGAUAGCCAUGAAUACGAAGAAUAUUCCUGAGGAGCCAGAGGAAGGUGCGAGUCAGACACUUGAGGGGAACAAGCCUGUGCCAAUACGCUGCUCCAGCACACUGGGGGCGAGGGAACCCCCACCCACACAAAGCCUGAACCGAAGAGUGCUGUCCCGGUACGAGCGCAGAGGAUCAGGAACUUUCCUCCAGGAUCCCCAUUCACAAAGCAGCAGGCCAAACAUGCUGCCACCAUUGAACAGCUUAAAAACUCCUGUGCUCAGAGUCUACAGCCUGAGCUCCAGCAGCGGAGCUGAGAAAGAGUGUAAUCAGAGAACUUUUAUUCCCUCUGCUCCUCCUGGGGCCCCAAAGGAGCUGAGCAGGCGCAUGCUGCUAAGGAGGCACUCGAUGCAAACUGAAUACAAAACCACUGUAUAAAAUGUCAAGCAAGAUUCACGAAAAGGAGAUGAUUAAAGGGAAUCUGUCUUAGAAAUAAUUUCUAAACUAAAGUCUAACUGAUAUAUAUUAGGUCUGUAUCACGCAGACGCUUUAUCUGAAAAUGUUUUAAUUAUUUAAAUAAUUUUACUUUUACACAUAAUCAGACCCUCCAUAAUGGAGACCCUUUGGUCCCCAAUAUUGUGAAACAUAUGUUCUCUUGUUUUAGGCAAAAUAUCAAUGAAAAUGUUUAUGAGCCAGUAACAUCACUGUGAGCGCUUUGUUAAAAUGUGAAACUGUCAGUGAAGCUAUAGUCUUAUUUUUCAAAGACUACUGAAUGUAAAGCUCUAUAGAUAUUUCAUUUAGCAUCAGUAGAUGGCAGUAUUGAAACAUGCUUUGCCUACUCCUCCUGUCCAUCAAACCACCACUUUCCAAUCCCUCUCUGAGGAUGUGAGAAUACAGCGUUCUGGUCAAAUCUUCAAGUUACAAACUGGAGAAGAAUAAAAUAUAAUUAUAUGAAUUUAUUUUUAAAAAUCCAAACCACUGUACAAGUCACAAUGUAAUUAAUAUACAUAGUCUUCAAGACCAUCAGUUUACAUAUAAAAACAACAUGUAAUUUAAAAAAAUUCAGGAAGUAAAAUUCAUUGUUAAUUCUUCUCAAAAUAUUAACAAGUAAUAAAAACUGAAUCAAUGUAAUUUAUAAAAGGGCUCAAUUUCUCUUUUCAAAAAUCCUGUACAAAAAUAAACAGACACGCUCUCCAUUAUUCUACAUUUUACAUAUUCCAGUAUCAAAACUGAGGUAAAAUAAAUACAAGAGUAGACACAAAGAUGAGACUGAUUCUAUGUACAUCAGAAAAACAGAGAGUGUCUAUUUGUUUAAAACGUACAGCAUUUCACAAACUCAGAACGUCCAGUUCACGCAGACUACUUGCAAACUGAGCAACCCAAGGCUCCGUAAUGAUCAGCCUGUUGGCAUCUGCAAACUUUAUCACUGUGCCAUAUGGGAAAUUGUCUGCUGUGCCUGCACCUGCUCAUCUAGGACGGAUGUGCUGCUUAUACCUCAGCCACUGCGGUCAUAGUCGCUCACCAUCUUCUUGAUGUGAUUCAGUUUGGCCUUCAAGUAUUUGCACCUGCGCUUCUUCGUCUGAUAAUUGGCUGUCUGUAAAGACAUCAUAAUAAAGUUUAUGACAAAUU